CGUCAUGUUUUGGCCACGUUCCCUCCACACACGGUCGCUCGACUCUUUGAGCAUUCAAAUGGUACGUAGCAAAUGAUCUCAACUGAUUUUGCGAGCGUCGUUGCGGGACAUCCGCUGGAAUUGGACGAAGUGCACCGUGGGCGCUUUGCUCCGCGCGCUCUCCUGCUGCAGGGGAGGAGGGGUUCCAGUGACGCGGCGGCGGCGGCGGCUCCGACGGUCCGGGCUCUUACUGUGAGCAGAGCCGAGAGCUCAGCAUCUCUCUUGUCAGCGGCACUUGAGCGCCAGACGAGCAGGCACGUCUUUCGCGCCGCACUCUCGAGGGGAAGAGCCGAGCUCCGGGAUUUUACCGAGGUCCACCGAGCAAAGAACGAGACUCUCGUUUCCCCGCGCAAGUCCACGCUCUGCAAACAUGAACGCAGGCUGCGUCACCAUGGCGUGCACCUUGUUCGUCGCCGCAUCCUGGGGGAGUAAGGUGGGCCUGUCCGCAAAACCUCCAUGCAGGUCAGGCUUCUCCCAGAACUUCUACACGGUGCUGGUUCCCAGGGUUGUGCUACAUGGCCAGAACAUUCUCAAAGUGAAGUUUGAAGACUGCCAGCGCAGCGGAGAGGUGGGCUUUGUGAGCAGCGACCCCAACUUCGGCGUGAGGCCCGACGGGGUCGUGUAUGCCGAGCAGGAGUCUGCAAACCUUUCGGAGCCCGUCCAAUUCAUGGUGACCGCUCGAGAGCUCUUUGACCCGCGCAUCUGGGAGACCACCGUGAAGCUAGCGCCAGCUGGACAUCCCCAUCCCCUCCCCCUGACCAAGGUCAGCAUUGAAGAAAUGCUCUCCAGAGUCUUGGAUUCCCUCCCCCGAGUCAUCCGAUUUCCUCGCAAACACCCGAGAAGCCCCUUUGGGAACGGGCUGAGGCGACAGAAGAGAGACUGGGUCAUCCCGCCCAUCAACGUGCCCGAGAACUCCCGAGGACCCUUUCCUCACAUGCUCGUCAGGAUUCGCUCGGACCAGGACAAAGAUGCCGGCAUCCGCUACAGCAUCACCGGGGCGGGUGCCGAUCAGCCCCCCAGCGGCAUUUACAACAUCGACCCCAUCAGCGGCAACAUGUUUGUCACUCAACCCCUGGACAGAGAGGAGAGAGCCUCCUUCCACCUGCGAGCCCACGCGGUGGACAUGAACGGCAACCAGGUGGAGAAUCCCAUUGAUUUGUACAUCUACGUGAUUGACAUGAAUGACAACAGACCCGAGUUUAAGAACCAGGUGUACAACGGCUCUGUGGCUGAAGGAUCCAAGCCAGGCUCAUCCGUGAUGCAAGUGACAGCCAGCGACUCGGAUGACUCCACCACGGCUAACGGCAUGGUUCGCUACCGCAUUCUCUCGCAGACGCCCCACAGCCCCAUCCCCAACAUGUUCACCAUCAACAGCGAGACUGGAGACAUCGUUACCGUUGCAGCCGGCCUGGACAGAGAGAAAGUCUCCCAGUACACAAUUAUCGUCCAGGCCACUGACAUGGAGGGCAACUUAAACUUCGGCUUGUCCAACACAGCCACGGCGCUGAUCUCCAUUACCGACAUCAACGACAAUCCGCCAGAGCUGACGGUCAGGACGUUUUCCGGGGAGGUGCCGGAGAACAAGGAGAACGUGGUGGUGGCCAACCUGACAGCGGUGGACCGGGAUCAGCCUCACAGUCCCAACUGGAACGCCGUGUACCGCAUCGUCAGCGGCGACCCCUCUGGACAUUUCGCCAUCCGCACCAACCCUGUCACCAACGAGGGCAUGCUGACUGUCAUCAAGCCAGUGGACUUUGAGAUGAACCGGGCCUUCAUGCUGACCGUGGUGGUGUCCAACCAAGCUCACUUGGCCAGCGGCAUCCAGUCCUCCCUUCAGUCCACAGCCGGCGUCACCAUCUCGGUUCAGGACGUGAACGAGCCGCCCGUCUUUCCCGUCAACCCCAAAACGAUCCGCUUUGAGGAGGGUGUUCCGGCGGGGACCACGCUGACCGUCUUUUCUGCUCAGGACCCGGAUCACUUUGUCCAUCAGAUUGUCAGGUACUCGAAACUGUCAGAUCCCGCCAACUGGCUGAGGAUCAACAGGACCAACGGGCAGAUCACGACCAUGGCCCAACUUGACCGAGAGUCCACGUACGUCAAAAACAACAUAUAUGAGGCCACUUUUCUGGCCUUCGACAAUGGUAAGUCUGGUUCGCCUCAAGCCAGCGGGACGGGGACCCUCCAGAUCUUCCUGAUCGACGUGAACGACAACCCGCCAGUGCUGAUCCCCCCGGAGGCCCAAGCGUGCCAGCGGGCCCGCCCCAACUCCAGGAUAAAUAUCACCGCGUCGGACGCCGAUUCGGACCCCAACGUGGGGCCCUUUGGUUUUGAGCUGCCUUCCUUUCCUCCCAGUUUGCGCCGCAAUUGGACCAUUACCAGACUCAGCGGUGACCAUGCUCAGCUGCGCCUAAGGAUUCCCUACUUGGAGGCCGGCGUGUACGAGAUUCCCAUUACCGUGUCCGACUCGGGGAACCCUCAACUUUCCAACCGCUCCUUGAUCCGAAUCAAAGUGUGUCCCUGUGACGACAACGGCGACUGCAGCGCCACAGGGGCCGUGGCGGCCGCCGGCCUCGGCACGGGGGCCAUCAUCGCCAUCCUCAUCUGUAUCAUUGUCCUCCUCAGCAUGGUCCUCUUGUUUGUGGUGUGGAUGAAGCGCAGAGAGAAGGAGAAGCAGGCCAAGCCGCUGCUGAUCGACCCCGAAGACGACGUCAGGGACAAUAUCCUCAAAUAUGACGAGGAAGGCGGAGGAGAGGAGGAUCAGGACUAUGACCUGAGCCAGCUGCAGCAGCCCGAGUCUUUGGACCACAUCAUCAAUAAACCGGUGGGAGUUCGCAGAGUGGAUGAGAGGCCCGUCGUCCCCGAGUCGCAGUUUCCCAUCAGACCCAGUCUGCCCCACCCUGGCGACAUCGGAGAUUUCAUUCAUGAUGGUCUGCGGGCAGCAGACAACGACCCCACAGCGCCCCCCUAUGACUCCCUGCUGGUGUUUGACUACGAGGGCAACGGUUCGACCGCCGGCUCGGUCAGUUCGCUCAACUCGGCCAGCUCGGGCGACCAGGACUACGACUACCUCAACGACUGGGGCCCUCGCUUCAAGAAGCUGGCCGACCUCUACGGGGGAGGAGACGAUGACUGAGAGGCGAGGAGGGGGUGGGGGCGGGCGGGGCCGGCUCGCG